UGAAAAACUUGGCGAGCGUUGUUGAGGCGGAAGACGUUGCAAACAAGAAAGGGUCUUGGCGCAACAAAAGAAGCAGCAGAAGCUCCAACUUUCCACAUGUUCCGCAGCAAGAAGGAUUCGUCAAAGCUUGAGCGCAACAAGCACGAUGACAAGUUGAUGGAGCUGGUGUUGGCUGGGGAUGCGGCCAAGGUGCGCCCAUUGCUGGAGAAGAAAAAGUACUCGUCGCUGCUCAUGCCAGACAAGUUUGGACGCAUCCCGAUUGUGGAAGCGUGCUCCCUGGGCUACUCGGAGAUUGCGGAGAUGCUGCUGAACGCUGAGCCAGAGACCAACAUCUCGGAUGCAGAAGGCCGCACGCCACUGCACAUUGCGUCGAUGAAGGGCCACGACCGGAUUGUGUCGUUGCUGCUGAAGAAAGGCGUACCCGUCGAUGAAAAGGACAACAAAGGCCUCACCCCACUCCACUACGCAGCGAGUGCCGGCAAUCAGGAUGUGAUGCAUGCCCUCAUCGCCCAUCAGGCCGACACCGAGCACAAGGACCUGAACGGGAACACGCCGCUCCUGCUCGCAUGCAAGGCAAACCAGCGCGCGACGGCUGUUGCGCUCAUGAAUGCGUGUGCAAACAUCAAUGCCGCAAACAGACAACAAAAGACUGCGUUGAUGCUCGCGUGCACGAAUGGCGCUGCGGAUCUCGUGCGAAUGCUGCUGCAGCGGGGAGCACAGGUUGAUGUGCGGGACACGAGCGGCAAGACGGCGCUGUCAUACGCGAAGAUCAACAACAACACCGCGUGCAUCGACCUCCUCCCAGCAAACGCCCCGCUCGGGCGCACACACAACAACCACACAAACCAGACCCAACAGCCCCAGCAACAGCAGCCCGGGGAGGAGGUUGGUGCGUUUAUGGCAAAGGGGCCGUCAGCAUCGUACACAAAACUCAAGCAGCAGGUUGAGUCGUUGACGACGCAGCUGGCCCAGCGCACAGAGGCGCUGCAGGCCGCAAACAUGGAGAUUGAACAGCUCAAGACGCAGCUGGCGGCGUUCCAGGGCGGCGAUGAUGAUGCCGACACCUCCGUUGCGUUUCCCGCAGACGAGUCCCUCGACCUCGGCCAGGACAUAUCGUCGCCCCGCAGCGCGUUCACGCCCGACCAGGAAAUCCGCAUCCUCAAGCAGCGGAUUGGGUCGCUGGUGCGUGAGAAUCGCGAUCUUGCCGCUGAACUGCAGACGGCCAACGCCGCGCCGCCGCCAUCAGACGACGAGAAGGAGCAGCAGAUUGCACAGCUCAACAGCCAGAUUGAGCAACUCAAGGAGGAGCUCGAUGCCGCGCACGGCGGAAUGCCGAUGGUGCCCGCUGUUGUCCUCAACCAAGUCAAGGCGUCGCAUGAGGCGAAGGUGAAGGAGCUCGAGGAGAAGAUUGAGCAGCUCUCGCUGACGGCCGGUGAUGGCGACGCAACACACGCGCAGCAGAACGGCAGCGUUGGUGGCGGGGCAACGGAUACAGCAACAGCAGCGGCAGCAGAGGAACACGAGAAGGAGAAGGGAGAGGGUGACGCUGCAAUGGAUGCCGAGGAAAGCGAGCGCCUGCUGUUUUACAGAAACUGCCUCUUGCAAGCGGUGCAGGGGACGCUUCCAGAGGACAUCAAGCAGAAACUGCUGGCGCUGUCGUCGUCGUCAUCAUCAUUGUCAUCAUCGUCGUCUUAAUUUCAACACGUGUUUGUCAUGCUUGUGUGUUUCGGGCCCUGCUCUGUGUUUGUGAUGAUUGAUGUUCUCAUCGUCUUCGUCUUCGUCUUCGCCAGUCCGUGCGUUGUUUGAAGCAUCUGAUUGGUUGGUGCUUGGGGUGUGCAUGCCUGUCUUCUUCUUUUGUCUUGAUUCCUGUGCAUGUUUUUGCUUCUUCUGUUGUUUGUCACUUUGCUCGCUCAUCUGCGUGUUUUUGUCUUACACCAGCCACAACUAAACACUCACCACUUGGAAACGCAGCCACGCAUACAGCAAGACACGA